GUUCAUCUCCAUCCAUGGUGUGUAGAACAAGGGGGACCUAAAAAAGAAUUAUAGUCCAAAAAAUCCACAUCAAUAAAAAACAAUCAAAAAAGGAAUUCAGAAAUUCAUCAUGAGCUUUAUUUCCUGCUCCUUCUCCCAGAUCCGGCACUGGGACAACCACUCCAGCACCCAUCUCUCCAAGAUGCCCUUCACCACCUCAAGACAGCUACUGAAGUCAGAGCCAGUGGGGUACUGGCAGCCGAACAACUUAAGUGUGGUGUGUGCAGAGCUUGUUGGUCGAAGGGCUCAGGAGAAAGAAGAGCUUGUGGGCCUGAAUGAUCGCUUUGCCUCCUAUACAAACAAGGUGCAUUAUUUAGAGCAGCAGAAUCAAGUGCUUCUGGCGCAGGUGGAGGCUCUGCGGCGCAUCCAGAAUCAGCCAUCUCGCCUGCAGCAGCUGUAUCAGCAGGAGGCACGUUGUCUCCGCCAGCAGCUACAGAAUAAUGCUCAGGAUAGGGAACACAUAGAGGCGCAGAGGGACAAGCUUCAGAAUACUCGAGAGCAACUGGAGCAGAGCUGGCAGGAGGAGGUCCAGAGGCGUGAGCAGGCAGAGGAUGAACUGCAGCGUGUAAAGGAUGAAGCAGACAGGACAGCGCUGUGGUCUGCAGAUGCAGAGGUGAAAGUGAUCUCUCUGGCUCAGGAGUUGGCCUUUUUAAAGCAGGUGUUUGCAGAAGAGCAGAAGAACCUGAGAGCGCAGCUGGAGGUGGCCAGUCUCACCAUCGAGCCGAAUGUAGACAGACCUGACCUCUCGAUGGCCUUGGGGGAGAUUCGUGGGCAGUACGAGAGCCUGACCAAGCAAAACAUGCAGAUGGCCGAGGCUUGGUUUCAGGAUAAGGUUGCCAAUGUGGCGCAGGCAGCCAAUAAGCAGCAGGAGGCCGUGCGCUUGGUGCGUGAGGAAACGGCUAAUCACCGGCAACUGCUGCUUGGCUGUACUGCUGAGGUUGAGACGUUGAGAAGUGCCAUCGACUCGCUGAACAGACAGCUGCAGGAACUGGAGGAGACGCAGAGUGAAGAGGUUGCUAAGUACCAGGAGAGGAUUAGUGAUCUAGAGAAGAAUAUUGCUGAGGCCAAAGAGGAGAUGUCACGCUACUUGAAAGAGUAUCAAGAUCUGCUGAAUGUGAAGAUGGCCCUCGACAUUGAGAUUGCAGCCUACAAGCAACUACUUGAGGGGGAGGAAAUUCGGCUGACAUAUUACUCCUUGCCAGUCCUGGCAUAAACCUGAACCAACAAACCAACAUUUCAUCAAUUCUGAACCUUUGUUCUGCAUCAAGUCAAAUUCUAAACUUCGUAUAGUGAAUUUUUAUGUUCUAGAUCAUACCUCUUCUCUAUUGUUUCACCUCGACAGUUAAUACCUGAUUUGUUUUACCCAAAAUUUCCCAUGCAACAAUCCCCAAAUCACCACACACUACUUACACCUCACAUAUGACCCAACUUCAUAGCCUUUAAUCAUUUAUAGAAUAGAAUCUAGAACAAUCAAAAAAAAAUUUCUAGUUUCUAUUUGUACUCUAUUCAUGCCAUCCCUGCAUCAGUGAUUUAAAGAAAAUGUGCCCUUGUGUUACACAAGAGGGAAACCAGGAUCUUCCCCCUUCUUCUUCACACUCAAAAUUAAACAGGAUGAUAAAGAGAUCAGCACUCGCCCAGCCAGAGCUCAAUAUCCUGUUCGGGAAUUCUCACUUUUCAGUUCUUCUUAGUGCCAAAUUAGACUGGAAAUAAGGCCUCUUCUGUACAAACUUUUAACCAAUUGUUUGUAAGGGUGGAUUUGUAAGGUCUUAAUUUCGGCAUUAGAGAUGCACUCAAACAAUUUCCUAUCAAGGCGUUUGAUGUGGAAUUCGCCAGCAGGAUAUUAUUCCACACUCUUAACUCCUAAAGUCACCGUUUAGAUAGUACAAUAUCCAUUGAGAGCUACAGCAUUUUAUUUGCUUUUCAUUUAGACACCACUUUAAUGUUUAGACUAGAUUAUUUGGUUAAUUAUUUUUUCCAUCUGAUAGAUAUUAAAACAAGUAAUUGUGAAUGUGUUUCUCACCUGCUUCUGUUUUAUCUGCUCAUCAAUAAGAAACUAAGCUAACUAAUAGAAGAAAACAAGCAAGAGAUUAACCAGUGCCAGGCUUAGACCAACCUGGUACUGUAUUCUGUACCUCUGUACCUAAACCUAUACCUACUGAAUAAAAUAAUAAACAAA